AUGUUGAGCUCAUUUGUCCAGAAGCUCAUUGAUCAGUCCCCCUUGUCCUCGAACCAUGACAACCGGCCGUCCAAGGCCACUCUCUUCCGCGAUCAGUUCAGGUUGCCUGCGGGUCAGCAUCCUCUACACGAGAUCACGGCCGAACUAUUCCUCCCCAUCCCUUUGCCCGCCUCAGGGAACCAUGUCACGUCGGGGGAGAAAUUGAGAGACAGCGGCAACAGAUAUGUGGGAGAGCUACACCUGAGCGAACACUUUCUAUGCUUCUCAACCCUUCGCACCAGUUUCCUGCCCACCGCCAGUCAUAGUGCCUCCACCGCGUUUACAGGCCCGACGCAAGGUGCCGGACCAGGCGGAAAUGGAUUCACCCUGCCCCUCUGCUCCAUCCGGCGCGUCGAACGACUGAACACCCAUCAAGAUCAGUUUUCUCUGGCCCUCACCACGUUCGAAUCGGUCCAAAAGCCGCUGACGGACAAGACCAAGGCAUCCCUGCCCCCUCCCCGGAAAUUGAUUCUGACCCUCGACGGAAGCCGAGUUGCUUGUGAGCGGUUUUGUGAUGGCCUGAAACGGGGACUCAGAGAAGGCAUGAAAGAAGUGGACAACCUGCGUGCGGUCGUCUCCCAGUGUUAUUCGGAGUAUCUGUUGAAUCCCGCGCGGCUGAAGGCCAGAGAAGAAGGCACCAAGCCUCCAGAUCCGCCAGACACUGGGCUGGGCAUCCUUUUCCGAUAUCCUGGAGAUGCGAGAAAACUUCGCGAUAAGAGCAAGAUCAGGCUCUGGGGAGAAUACAUGCGAGAAAAUGGCCGCAAUGCCACCAUUGUCCGGCAACCCACCUUCCACAAGCUGAUCCGUGUCGGGCUGCCGAACCGACUGAGAGGCGAGAUCUGGGAAAUCUGCUCCGGUUCGUUCUACACGCGGUUGAGGAAUCCCAACCUUUACGAGAAGACGCUGGCAAAGUUCACCGGACAAGAGUCCUUGGCCAUUGACGAAAUCGAGAAAGAUCUCAAUCGAAGUCUACCCGAAUAUCCCGGCUUCCAGAGCGAAGAAGGUAUCGGCCGGCUGCGACGAGUGCUGACGGCGUACAGCUGGACCAAUGAAGAAGUGGGCUAUUGUCAAGCCAUGAAUAUCGUGGUUGCUGCACUUCUCAUCUACAUGUCGGAAGCUCAAGCCUUUUUCACCCUCGGGGCGUUGUGCGACCGUCUUCUCCCAGGAUACUAUUCCAAAGACAUGUACGGGACGCUGUUGGACCAACGCGUCUUCGAAAAUCUGGUGGAACGGACGAUGCCCGUUCUUUGGGAGCACCUGGUCAAGUCGGACGUCAAUCUAUCUGUCGUGUCGCUGCCCUGGUUUCUUUCCCUUUACAUCAACUCGAUGCCGUUGGUCUUUGCCUUCCGGGUCCUUGACGUCUUCUUUCUCGAAGGUCCCAAGGUUCUGUUCCAGGUGGGAUUGGCGAUCCUCCGCAUCAAUGGUGAGGAGUUAUUGGACGUCCAUGACGACGGAUCCUUCAUCUCGAUCCUCAAGAAUUACUUUUCACGACUGGACGAAUCAGCGCAUCCCCAUUCGGAGAACGAAAAGUUGAGGGCGAUCACCAAAUUCCAGGAACUGAUGGUGACGGCCUUCAAAGAAUUUGCCGGUAUUACUCACGGUAGCAUCGAGGAAUUGAGAACCAAACAUAUUGAGAGCGUGAAGGACGGUCUGGCCACCUUUGCCAAACGAACCUCGAUCCGAAACUUGGGACCGGAAAGCAAGAAGUUAAGCGCCGACGACCUCAGCGCCAUCUAUGAUCGCUUCUUCGGCGUCUUGUCGGAACGCCAUAAGCGGGCCAAGUUGAGGGAAGCCGAAAGAAGGAAACAAGAGCAGCAAAGAAGCCGCCCCGGUCUCUGGACGCACCACUCCGAUCGGAAUCACGACGAGCCUGCACGUAACGUCGGCCCCGUCCAGACCAUGGACUAUGACGCGUUUCGGGAAUUCCUCGCCAACACGGCCAAAUGGGCCAUCACGGACUCGCCCACCUCGCCUUCACAGGAGAUCAACAAUCCUACGACGAACCAGAGGAAACGCAGUCAAACCUUCUCGCAAUGGGGAUCAGGCCCACAACCGGCCGACCAUGACUUCAUGCAACGGUUAUAUGGGAAGUGGGAUGAGUCUCACCAAGGGGAGAUGACACUGCAGCAACUGGUUCGAGGGAUCGCUCGGAUCAAGGGAACCACGGAUAUUAUGAAUUCCAUGAGCCUGUUUUUCGAGCUUUUCGACGAUGACAAUACUGGCAAGGUGGACCGCGAAGGUAUCCUGCGGAUGUCAGAGUCCCUCUUGUUUCUUUCCAGGCGAGGCUUCGACGGGGCAAUCACGCCGUCUGACUUCGGCAAUGGGGUGACAGCUCCGCUGUCGGCGGCCGAGUCGGGGGACGGGCUGCAUAUGAGUACGAAUGAGAAGUUUUUGGGCAGUGUCAGUGCUUUCAUCCGUCGAUGCUUUGAAUACGCCGACCCCGACGAAAUGGUGGAACGCACCACCUCGAAACUCGAGGCAGCGACCAUCCACGAGCCCGCAGAAGAGGAAAAUCUGUUGGACCUGACGGAGACGCAAUCAUCGGUCUCGAAACACCUCGUGUCGCCUCAGCCAGUGGAGAAAGAUCCUCUAUCUCAGGCCACGCCGCCUGGCACUCCCUCGGCGAGACCGACACCAGCUGAAGGGUCCCGGAGGAUAUCAUCUCGCGCAGCCUCCCACAACCUCGCCCUGGACCCGAAUAAGCCGUUGCACAUCACGCUACCGACUUUCCGCAUGGUGAUCCUUGCCGACGAGCUGCUCGAACAAUUCUUCGAAACGUUCUUCCCCCAAUCGUUCCAUCUCAGUGACUCGGCCGACGCCAGUACGGCAUCGUUGGCCUCGAGUACGCUUUCCGGAAAUCUCACUACCUUCAGCAACCUGGGCACGCCCGUGAAGAAUCUGAUCAACGGCGGCUCAAAUAAGACGGUGAUCGACGUCGGACGUGCCGGCGGAGUGGUCGAGCCGGGGUCUCGUGGUCUGCGAGGCGUGUUGGACAACAUUGUCAAUGACGGUAUGCGUAUGGCUGCUGAAAUGCGCAAGAGGAUGGAGGAGACGCAGAAGGAGUUUGAGCGCAAUGCGCGUGAACAAGGUCACAGUAGACCGUACCGGGAAGGAGAAGAAGACGACGACGACGACGAUGAUGAUGAGGAUGCUGGCAAAGACACCGAGCUUGGGAGGAGGGACCAGGAGCUGCUUGAGGGCGCCGAGGUGGCUAGUAUCAAGACGGAAGGGACGAGGAGUCGAGCACAGAGUUCGGCUACAAUGGGCGGUGGUGGUGGCAGUGGUGGUGGCAACGUUGUCAAAGGGGGGGAUGGAAUGAGGGAACCUGGCUUAAGUCUCUUGGAUGUCGACGAUCUGUCUAAAUAG